CUUCUAUCAAAUGAUAAAAAAUAGCCUUCGCUCUUCACUUUAUGGAAUUACAUGGUGUGUUAGAUAGUGCGAGAAGAGAACCUCGAUGGAAAUCUUCGCUUUAUAUUCCACAUGGAAUUCAAUAGAUCGGGUUACUUCCUCGACAAGUAUGCUUUCGAAAGUUCAUUUUACUGAUGUUUGAUAAUUUUAGGGCCCUGAUAACCUCAGACAAGGGCCAUAGAAUCGACAUAGAUACUUGAAUGAUAUUACGUACCCAACAGUUUAGCAUCUAUACGUGGGAAUACGUUAGUGGAUUGACACGUCUACGUUUAAUGGCGCGUUGUUUUGGUAUAAUUUGGAUAUAAUUUUAAACCCUAAAUUUUUUCUUGAUCAUCAACUUGUAGAUGCUGUGUUUCCGCGAUUUGAUAUGAUUCGGUGGAGACGGCUUUAAAAGACAUCUUCCUUCCAUCCUAACACAGGCCAAGUCAGAUGAAGACGUCCAAAUCCACUUUGCAGUGAAUGAAUAAUUCCACAUUUUAACCCGGGUUUUCAAAAAGCUUUUCGUAAGACGAAAUUUUUUCAUCGUGUAUCCGCAGACUGUCUUUAAUAGGACACAAUUUGGUUGAACACAGCGGUUUCGGUUCAAAACAAGAUGAGGAUUGGGGAUCCUACACGGAAUUAUUUCUCUAAGGUCCGCUGUCGCUACAUACUGCUCACCAUAGUUCUCGUAAUUGUGGUGGCACUCUAUGUCACAAUGAACUUAAAAAACUAUGGUCUUUACACUGGAAAUCAUCCUUUCUUCGCAGCUCAACCGUGUCAAUACCUCAACUCGAAAGAGAAAGGACAACUUUUGAAGAUGGCGCAUACAGUGCAUAAGAUUCUUGAUGGCUUUGGUAUAGAACAUUGGCUCGUUUACGGAUCUGUUUUUGGCGCUGUUCGGGCGCACGGCCCUUUGCCGUGGGACAAUGACGUAGAUAUUGGUUUUAACGGCUCAGGGACAUUCGCCACAAUGGAUUUUAACAAGUUUUUGGCCGCUUUUAAAGACAAUGGUCUGAAAGUUUAUUACAGAAGGUGGAUCACAAGCAACGUGAUGAAAGUUUACAAGGAUGAUCAACCUCAUAUCAAAGUAGACCUGUUUGCCUUUUACAAUUAUCGUGGCUGGAUGAAGCGCGCCGGGCUAGAAACGUGGAUCUUUGCAUUGAAUUAUAAUUUACACGAUACGUAUCCGGCGAGACUAGUAGAAAAGCCUUUACCUAUGGUCCGAUUUGGUUACUUUAAAUUACCGGCUCCAAGGGAAGGCCUUACAAUUCAACAAUACCUUUACCCCGACGACUGGUGGAAAGAAGUGAAACCUGUCACCUAUCUAUCUUUAAGACGUUAUUAGUGGAGGGGGACUGUAUAGCUGGGAAAAUUACAAGCUCAGCAGAAGGUACCUAAAGCUUUUACCUAAU